UGAAAAUUAAAAUUUGGCCAACAGAUCUAAUUGAUCAGACGCCCGGUUUCUUUGCGGAUCAUGCGUUUGUUUUUCGUCGCGGUUUUGGCUGCUUUUUUGGCCCUCACAGCGGCUCAGUCCCAAUCUCAAACGGUAACGGCGGUGGCCACCCCGGAUAUAAAACAACAGCCAUGUUGUGAAAGUGUUAGACAAACUCUAAUUGAAAUACGAAAGGAUAUACGCCUGUGGCUGCUGGACAGGCUUUUCGGAAAGUUAAUUCUUUUGCACGACGGAGAAUUGCUUGGAAACUCGAAUUAUGUAAAUUGUGCCAACGGGAAAAAGCUACUUGAACUCUCCGAUGAGAGUUUAAAGACUGCAGACCCAAGUGAAAGUAGUGACUCAAUUUCCACGAAUCAAUCAGCAUCUACCACAACUUCAAACGAUGAAGCCGAUCCCUCAAGCUCCUCCGACACCAUAUUUGAUGAUGGCUUGACGAGCCAAUCCUCAACAACAACCACAACCACAACGUCCUCGGAGGGUAGUCAAUCUACGGACUCUGCUUCUGGCACUCAGGGAAGCUCCUCGAAUGCUGAUGGAAGCUCCACACAGUCUUCGUCCUCAACGACAACGACAACAUCUUCGAAUGAGAGCCAGUCCAGCACAUCUUCUGACCCAAUUGUGGAAGUCACUCAGGGAAGUACCUCAAAUGGAGAUGGAAACUCUAGCCAAUCCACGGCCACAACGACAACAACCUCAAAUGAAGGUCAAUCCACCGACUCGUCUGCUCCUGUUGUAGAAGUCACUCAAGGAAAUUCCUCGAUUGCUGAUGGAAGUUCCACUCAGUCUUCGUCUACAACAACCACGACGACUUCUUCGGAUGAAAGCCAGUCCAGCACUUCGUCUGACCCUAUUGUGGAAGUCACUCAGGGAAGUUCCUCGAAUGGAGAUGGAAACUCUAGCCAAUCUACGACCACAACCACAACGACAACAACCUCGAAUGAAGGUCAGUCCACCGACUCGGCUGCUCCUGUUGUAGAAGUCACUCAGGGAAGCUCAUCGAAUGCUGAUGGAAGCUCCACUCAGUCUUCGUCUACAACAACAACGACAACGUCUUUGGAUGAAAGCCAGUCCAGCACUUCGUCUGACCCUAUUGUGGAAGUCACUCAGGGAAGUUACUCGAAUGGGGAUGGAAACUCUAGCCAAUCCACGACAACAACCACAACGACUACGACCACGAAUGAAGGUCAAUCCACCGACUCGUCUGCUCCUGUUGUAGAAGUCAAUCAGGGAAGCUACUCGAAUGCUGAUGGAAGCUCCACUCAGUCGUCGUCUACAACAACAACGACAACGUCUUCGGAUGAAAGCCAGUCCAGCACUUCGUCUGACCCUAUUGUGGAAGUCACUCAGGGAAGUUCCUCGAAUGGAGAUGGAAACUCUAGCCAAUCUACGACCACAACCACAACGACAACAACCUCGAAUGAAGGUCAGUCCACAGACUCGUCUGCUCCUGUUGUAGAAGUCACUCAAGGAAGCUCCUCGAAUACUGAUGGAAGUUCCACUCAGUCUUCGUCCACAACAACAACGACAACGUCUUCGGAUGAGAGCCAGUCCACCACACCUUCUGACCCUAUUGUGGAAGUCUCUCAGGGAAGUUCCUCGAAUGGGGAUGGAAACUCUAGCCAAUCCACGACCACAACGACAACGACCACGAAUGAAGGUCAGUCCACCGACUCGUCUGCUCCUGUUGUAGAAGUAACUAAAGGAAGCUCAUCAAAUGCUGAUGAAAGCUCCACUCAGUCUUCGUCCACAACAACAACGACAACGUCUUCGGAUGAAAGCCAGUCCAGCACAUCGUCUGACCCUAUUGUGGAAGUCACUCAGGAAAGUUCCUCGAAUGGAGAUGGAAACUCGAGCCAAUCUACGACCACAACCACAACGACAACAACCUCGAAUGAAGGUCAGUCCACAGACUCGUCUGCUCCUGUUGUAGAAGUCACUCAAGGAAGCUCCUUGAAUGAUGAUGGAAGCUCCAAUCAGUCUUCGUCUACAACAACCACGACAACGUCUACGGAUGAAAGCCAGUCCAGCACUUCGUCUGACCCUAUUGUGGAAGUCACUCAGGGAAGUUCCUCGAAUGGAGAUGGAAACUCUAGCCAAUCUACGACCACAACGACAACAACCUCGAAUGAAGGUCAGUCCACAGACUCGUCUGCUCCUGUUGUAGAAGUCACUCAAGGAAGCUCCUCGAAUACUGAUGGAAGUUCCACUCAGACUUCGUCCACCACAACAACGACAACGUCUACGGAUGAAAGCCAGUCCAGCACUUCGUCUGAACCUAUUGUGGAAGUCACUCAGGGAAGUUCCUCGAAUGGAAAUGGAAACUCUAGCCAAUCUACGACCACAACCACAACGACAACAACCUCGAAUGAAGGUCAGUCCACAGACUCGUCUGCUCCUGUUGUAGAAGUCACUCAAGGAAGCUCCUUGAAUGCUGAUGGAAGUUCCACUCAGUCUUCGUCUACAACAACCACGACGACUUCUUCGGGUGAAAGCCAGUCCAGCACUUCUUCUGACCCCAUUGUGGAAGUCACUCAGGGAAGUUCCUCGAAUGGAGAUGGAAACUCUAGCCAAUCUACGACCACAACCACAACGACAACAACCUCGAAUGAAGGUCAGUCCACAGACUCGUCUGCUCCUGUUGUAGAAGUCACUCAAGGAAGCUCCUCGAAUACUGAUGGAAGUUCCACUCAGUCUUCGUCUACAACAACCACGACGACUUCUUCGGGUGAAAGCCAGACCAGCACUUCGUCUGACCCUAUUGUGGAAGUCACUCAGGGAAGUUCCUCGAACGGAAAUGGAAACUCUAGCCAAUCUACGACCACAACCACAACGACAACAACCUCGAAUGAAGGUCAGUCCACAGACUCGUCUGCUCCUGUUGUCGAAGUCACUCAAGGAAGCUCCUCGAAUACUGAUGGAAGUUCCACUCAGUCUUCGUCUACAACAACAACGACAACGUCUACAAAUGAAAGCCAGUCCAGCACUUCGUCUGACCCUAUUGUGGAAGUCACUCAGGGAAGUUCCUCGAAUGGAGAUGGAAACUCGAAUGAAGGGCAGUCCACAGACUCGUCUGCUUCUGUUGUAGAAGUCACUCAAGGAAGCUCCUCGAAUGCUGAUGGAAGCUCCACUCAGUCUUCGUCUACAACAACCACGACGACUUCUUCGGGUGAAAGCCAGUCCAGCACUUCUUCUGACCCUAUUGUGGAAGUCACUCAGGGAAGUUCCUCGAAUGGAGAUGGAAACUCUAGCCAAUCUACGACCACAACCACAACGACAACAACCUCGAAUGAAGGUCAGUCCACAGACUCGUCUGCUCCUGUUGUAGAAGUCACUCAAGGAAGCUCCUCGAAUACUGAUGAAAGUUCCACUCAGUCUUCGUCCACAACAACAACGGCAACGUCUACGGAUGAAAGCCAGUCCAGCACUUCGUCUGACCCUAUUGUGGAAGUCACUCAGGGAAGUUCCUCGAAUGGAAAUGGAAACUCUAGCCAAUCUACGACCACAACCACAACGACAACAACUUCGAAUGAUGGUCAGUCCACAGACUCGUCUGCUCCUGUUGUAGAAAUCACUCAAGGAAGCUCCUCGAAUGCUGAUGGAAGUUCCACUCAGUCUUCGUCUACAACAACCACGACGACUUCUUCGGGUGAAAGCCAGUCCAGCACUUCUUCUGACCCUAUUGUGGAAGUCACUCAGGGAAGUUCCUCGAAUGGAGAUGGAAACUCUAGCCAAUCUACGACCACAACCACAACGACAACAACCUCGAAUGAAGGUCAGUCCACAGACUCGUCUGCUCCUGUUGUAGAAAUCACUCAAGGAAGCUCCUCGAAUGCUGAUGGAAGUUCCACUCAGUCUUCGUCUACAACAACCACGACGAUUUCUUCGGGUGAAAGCCAGACCAGCACUUCUUCUGACCCUAUUGUGGAAGUAACUCAGGGAAGUUCCUCGAAUGGAGAUGGAAACUCUAGCCAAUCUACGACCACAACGACAACGACCACGAAUGAAGGUCAAUCCACCGAUUCGUCUGCUACUGUUGUAGGAGUCACUCAAGGAAGCUCCUCGAAUACUGAUGGAAGUUCCACUCAGUCUUCGUCCACAACAACAACGACAACAUCUUCGGAUGAGAGCCAGUCCAGCACAUCUUCUGACCCUAUUGUGGAAGUCACUCAGGGAAGUUCCUCGAAUGGAGACGGAAACUCGAGCCAAUCUACGACCACAACCACAACGACAACAACCUCGAAUGAAGGUCAGUCCACAGACUCGUCUGCUCCUGUUGUAGAAGUCACUCAAGGAAGCUCCUCGAAUACUGAUGGAAGUUCCACUCAGUCUUCGUCUACAACAACCACGACGACUUCCUCGGGUGAAAGCCAGCCCAGCACUUCUUCUGACCCUAUUGUGGAAGUCACUCAGGGAAGUUCCUCGAACGGAAAUGGAAACUCUAGCCAAUCUACGACCACAACCACAACGACAACAACCUCGAAUGAAGGUCAGUCCACAGACUCGUCUGCUCCUGUUGUAGAAGUCACUCAAGGAAGCUCCUCGAAUACUGAUGGAAGUUCCACUCAGUCUUCGUCUACAACAACCACGACGACUUCUUCGGGUGAAAGCCAGCCCAGCACUUCUUCUGACCCUAUUGUGGAAGUCACUCAGGGAAGUUCCUCGAACGGAAAUGGAAACUCUAGCCAAUCUACGACCACAACCACAACGACAACAACCUCGAAUGAUGGUCAGUCCACAGACUCGUCUGCUCCUGUUGUAGAAGUCACUCAAGGAAGCUCCUCGAAUGCUGAUGGAAGUUCCAAUCAGUCUUCGUCCACAACAACAACGACAACAUCUUCGGAUGAGAGCCAGUCCAGCACAUCUUCUGACCCAAUUGUGGAAGUCACUCAGGGAAGUUCCUCGAAUGGAGACGGAAACUCGAGCCAAUCUACGACCACAACCACAACGACAACAACCUCGAAUGAAGGUCAGUCCACAGACUCGUCUGCUCCUGUUGUAGAAGUCACUCAAGGAAGCUCCUUGAAUGAUGUUGGAAGCUCCACUCUGUCUUCGUCUACAACAACCACGACAACGUCUACGGAUGAAAGCCAGUCCAGCACUCCGUCUGACCCUAUUGUGGAAGUCACUCAGGGAAGUUCCUCGAAUGGAGAUGGAAACUCUAGCCAAUCUACGACCACAACGACAACAACCUCGAAUGAAGGUCAGUCCACAGACUCGUCUGCUCCUGUUGUAGAAGUCAUUCAAGGAAGCUCCUCGAAUACUGAUGGAAGUUCCACUCAGUCUUCGUCUACAACAACCACGACGACUUCUUCGGGUGAAAGCCAGUCCAGCAAUUCGUCUGACCCUAUUGUGGAAGUCACUCAGGGAAGUUCCUCGAAUGGAAAUGGAAACUCUAGCCAAUCUACGACCACAACCACAACGACAACAACCUCGAAUGAAGGUCAGUCCACAGACUCGUCUGCUCCUGUUGUAGAAGUCACUCAAGGAAGCUCCUCGAAUACUGAUGAAAGUUCCACUCAGUCUUCGUCCACAACAACAACGACAACGUCUACGGAUGAAAGCCAGUCCAGCACUUCGUCUGACCCCAUUGUGGAAGUCACUCAGGGAAGUUCCUCGAAUGGAAAUGGAAACUCUAGCCAAUCUACGACCACAACCACAACGACAACAACCUCGAAUGAUGGUCAGUCCACAGAAUCGUCUGCUCCUGUUGUAGAAGUCACUCAAGGAAGCUCCUCGAAUGCUGAUGGAAGUUCCACUCAGUCUUCGUCUACAACAACCACGACGGCUUCUUCGGGUGGAAGCCAGCCCAGCACUUCUUCUGACCCUAUUGUGGAAGUCACUCAGGGAAGUUCCUCGAAUGGAGAUGGAAACUUUAGCCAAUCUACGACCACAACCACAACGACAACGACCACGAAUGAAGGUCAAUCCACCGAUUCGUCUGCUCCUGUUGUAGAAGUCACUCAAGGAAGCUCCUUGAAUGAUGAUGGAAGCUCCACUCAGUCUUCGUCUACAGCAACCACGACAACGUCUACGGAUGAAAGCCAGUCCAGCACUUCUUCUGACCCUAUUGUGGAAGUCACUCAGGGAAGUUCCUCGUAUGGAGAUGGAAACUCUAGCCAAUCUACGACCACAACCACAACGACAACAACCUCGAAUGAAGGUCAGUCCACAGACUCGUCUGCUCCUGUUGUGGAAGUCACUCAAGGAAGCUCCUCGAAUGCUGAUGGAAGUUCCACUCAGUCUUCGUCUACAACAACCACGACGACUUCUUCGGGUGAAAGCCAGUCCAGCACUUCUUCUGACCCUAUUGUGGAAGUCACUCAGGGAAGUUCCUCGAAUGGAGAUGGAAACUCUAGCCAAUCUACGACCACAACCACAACGACAACGACCACGAAUGAAGGUCAAUCCACCGAUUCGUCUGCUCCUGUUGUAGAAGUCACUCAAGGAAGCUCCUUGAAUGAUGAUGGAAGCUCCACUCAGUCUUCGUCUACAACAACCACGACAACGUCUACGGAUGAAAGCCAGUCCAGCACUUCGUCUGACCCUAUUGUGGAAGUCACUCAGGGAAGUUCCUCGAAUGGAGAUGGAAACUUUAGCCAAUCUACGACCACAACGACAACAACCUCGAAUGAAGGUCAGUCCACAGACUCGUCUGCUCCUGUUGUAGAAGUCACUCAAGGAAGCUCCUCGAAUACUGAUGGAAGUUCCACUCAGUCUUCGUCUACAACAACCAUGACGUCUUCUUCGGGUGAAAGCCAGUCCAGCACUUCGUCUGACCCUAUUGUGGAAGUCACUCAGGGAAGUUCCUCGAAUGGAGAUGGAAACUCUAGCCAAUCUACGACCACAACCACAACGACAACAACCUCGAAUGAAGGUCAGUCCACAGACUCGUCUGCUCCUGUUGUAGAAGUCACUCAAGGAAGCUCCUCGAAUGCUGAUGGAAGUUCCACUCAGUCUUCUUCCGCUGAUGGAGUUUCAACCCAAUCUUCUUCGACUACCACGACAACCACAUCCACCAGCAGUAAUGACCCAUCCCUUCCGGUAGAUUCCAUUAUUGUAGGUAAGGGCAGAAAAUCAGGCUCAAAAUGGACAAAAACCACAAAGACUUAUUCUUCAAAGACCUCAAAGGUUCCAAAGUCAAAUGGAAAAACGAACUCGAGCUCUAGCGAAACUACAACAACUGUAUCGUCAAGCUCCUCUGCAACACCUAAGAUCAAACACUCCUGGUCGAGUUCAUCAAGGAAAAUAUACAAUGGUGGCAAGUCUGGGAAAUAUUGGACCAAGCGGUGGGCAAACCGCAAAAAUAAAAAUGAGAGUUCGUCUAUUGACUCAAUAGCCGAUGCUGCUUUUGGUGUUUCGAACGAUGAUGGACAAUCGAACCAGUCAUCCACAACUACUACAGUAACCUCAACUGGCGAAAGCGAUCAGUCCAGCUCUUCAUCUCUGCCUAAAGUAGAUAAUGGUGGCAAAUCAAGCUCAUCCACGACUAAAACUACAAAAACAUAUUCGUCAAAAACCUCCAAGGUUCCCAAGUCUUAUGGAAAAUCAAGCACCUCCUCUACCGAAACUACAACAACAACAACUUCAAAUUCCUCUUCAUCACCUAAGAGCAAGCACUCCUGGUCUCGUUCAUCGAAAAAAAAUUCGAAUGGUAGGAAAUCAAGGAAGACUUCGUCGAGCACGACAACCACGACUUCUUCAGACAUGAGUCAAUCUAGCACAUCUAGCGACCCUCUGGUCGAAAUCAGUCAGGGUAGCUCUUUGAACGAUAAUGGAAGCUCAAACCAGGCCACCACAACUACAACUACCUCUGAAAGUCAAUUUGCUGAACCAUCUCCUCUUAUCAAAAUAACUAAAGGAAGUUCACUUACAAAGGGUGGAAAAUCUAGCCGCUCUUCAACCACAACAACAACAACCACCACCAACGGUAGUGAACAGUUAAGUACGUCAUCUUUACCAGAUGUUAACGCCAGCAUAGUUGUUAAUGGCGGAAAGUCAAACUCAACAACCACAACCAAAGGAUCCAAAUCUUCAAGUACCUCAUCGCUACCUUUAGUUGAUGCGAGCAUAUCAGCAAAUGGCGGAAAGUCAAGCACAACUUCGUCAACAACGACUACAACAACAUCCACCACAGGAAAUAAGUUGUCGGAUAACAUGUCUCUCCCGGUAGUUGAUGCCAGCACAUCUUUUAAUGGCGAAAAGUCAGGUUCAAAAUCUUCAACAACGACUACCACAACCACCACCAAAGGAAGCAAAUCGUCAAAUACCUCAUCGGGACCUCAAGUUGAUGCCACCGUUUCGCUUUAUGGUGGAAAGACUAGCACAACCUUGUCAACAACGACUACAACAACAUCAUCCACAGAAAAUAAAUUGCCAGAUAGCUUGUCUCUUCCGGUAGUUGACGCCAGCUUUUCGCUGAAUAGCGGCAAGUCAGGCUCAAAAUCUUCAACAACGACUACAUCAACCACCACCAAUGGAAGCAAUUCAUCAGGUACCUCAUCGGGACCUCAAGUUGAUGCCACCAUUUCGCUUAAUGGUGGAAAAACUAGCACAACUUCGUCAACAACGACUACAACAACAUCGUCCACUGGAAGUAAAUUUUCAGAUAGCUUGUCUCUUCCGGUAGUUGACGCCAGCUUUUCGCUGAAUGGCGGCAAGUCGGGCUCAAAAUCUUCAACAACGACUACAACAACCACCACCAAAGGAAGCAAUUCAUCAGGUACCUCAUCGGGACCUCUAGUUGAUGCCACCGUUUCGCUUAAUGGUGGAAAGUCUGGCACAACUUCGUCCACAACGACUACAACAACAUCUACCACAGGAAAUAAAUUGUCAGAUAGCUUGUCUCUUCCGGUACUUGACUCCAGCUUUUCGCUGAAUGGCGGCAUGUCAGGCUCAAAAUCUUCAACAACGACUACAACAACCACCACCAAGGGAAGCAAUUCAUCAGGUAACUCCUCGUUACCUCCCGUGGAUGCCAACACUUCACUUAAUGGCGGAAAGUCAAGCUCAACAUCGUCAACAACGACUACAACAACAUCUACCACAGGAAAUAAAUUGUCAGAUAGCUUGUCUCUUCCGGUAAUUGACUCCAGCUUUUCGCUGAAUGGCGGCAUGUCAGGCUCAAAAUCUUCAACAACGACUACAACAACCACCACCAAGGGAAGCAAUUCAUCAGGCACCUCCUCGUUACCUCCCGUGGAUGCCAGCACUUCACUUAAUGGCGGAAAGUCAAGCUCAACAUCGUCAACAACGACUACAACAACAUCUACCACAGGAAGUAAAUUGUCAGAUAGCUUGUCUCUUCCGGUAGUUGACGCCAGCUUUUCACUUAAUGGCGGAAAGUCAAGCUCAACAUCGUCAACAACGACUACAACAACAUCUACCACAGGAAGUAAAUUGUCAGAUAGCUUGUCUCUUCCGGUAGUUGACGCCAGCUUUUCACUUAAUGGCGGAAAGUCAAGCUCAACAUCGUCAACAACGACUACAACAACAUCUACCACAGGAAAUAAAAUGUCAGAUAGCUUAACUUUACCUGCUGUUGACGCCAGCAUAUCGCAUAAUGGCGGAAAGUACAGCUCAACAUCGACUAAAACGACAAAAACUUCUACCUCAAACAACUCCAAAGUUCCUGAGACAAAUGGAAAGUCUAGUUCUACUUCAAGCAAAUCUACAACUACAACCAUAACGUCAUCGGUUCCAAAAACUCAGACUAAGUACACUUGGUCUAGCUCGUCGCAGAAAACAUCUAAUCCUAACCGAUUAACCCUGCCAACCCUUGAUGCCGGUAUCUCUGUUGGUGGAGGAGUUGGAGGAGAUUCAUCGAGUUCCUGGUCAAAGCUGAUUAAAAGAAGCACCACAGAUGGUGAGACCAACGACAGUGAUGGCUCAUCUGUUUCUGGUUCCAUUGUUGGUGGAAUCGGAUCUCGAGGCGGACAGUCCUGGUCCCAGCGCUCAGGAUUCUCAAGUGACAGUUCUGGUGUCCAGGGAUCUCCAGACAUUCGUUUCCGUUUAGCUCGAGGCCAGACUGCUCGAGAUGGUCAGUUCCAGAAGUCUAACUCCUGGACCAGGAGCUCCACACAAGACCACUUAAGCUCGAAUAAUGAAGCGGAUUCCGUAGAUGGGCAACAGUCGGAGAGUUCCAGUGACGCAACUACGAUUCAAGGGGGUGCCGUCGGCGCAACCGGGCAGUAUCCCUAUUGGUGGGGCAACGGACGUUGGAUGGGCGUUGGAGCCAGGCCGAGCUGGCGGUAUGGAUGGCCAUAUGGAGGUGGAUGGGGCGGUUGGAGCAAUCAAUAUUAAAGUUUUCCCUCUAUGGAUAAAGCCAGAGUUAAAUGGCUAGGACUUUAAUUAAUACGAUUGUAAAAU